GCUUUGUACACGGGUUAACGUAGCAACAAACGUAAACAAACAACUUUAUACCGGCAAGAAAAGAUGUCUAAAAUACACGAAGCACUCAAACCCAUCCAGUGGCUCAUUGGAACCUGGGAAUCGGUGACCGCCAAGGGACAUUACCCUACGAUUAAAGAUUUUACCUACAACGAGAUCAUUAAGUUCGAAUCAGUGGGUCAACCGUUGCUCAACUACGAAGCAAACUCACGGCAUCCCGUAUCCGGUGCACCGAUGCACCUGGAACGAGGCUUUCUACGCAUUAAACCGGGCACAAACCAGGUUGCGUUCAUGGUAGCACACAACUUCGGCCUGGCAGUGCUGGAGGAAGGUGAAGCAACGGAACAAGGGCUUAAUCUGGUGUCGAAAGCUGUUGACCGUAUGUCUUUCGGCAAAGAUCCGGCUGUUAAAGCGAUCGAGAAACGAUAUCGUUUGAAUGCCGACGGUACGCUGGAGAUUCAAACGGACAUGCAGACGGAUAGCACACCGAUGACAAACCACCUGAAUGUUGUGUACAAGAGAUGCGAAUGA